AUGGUUGUACUUACGUUCAACUAUCGCAGUCGUGUCACGCGCGGCCGCGCUGCGUUAUCGAGGAGUUAUGUUGUGUGUGCUCCAGAUUUCGGCCCACCGAAAUGGCGAAUGGCGCGACGUCACUUUGUCGCCGCUCUGGCGCUGCUCGGAUUUGCCAAUAUCUAUGCGAUGCGAGCAAAUCUGAGUGUCGCUAUAGUGGAGAUGUCAACCGGAACCUACAGGAACAUCAACGGAACACGUGUUCAUAUUGACGGCGAGUUCCCACUAUGGUCUUCAAUGACACAAGGUGUCAUACUGGGAUCAUUCUUCUAUGGAUAUAUUCUGACGCAACUCCCAGGUGGCAUUCUUGCGCAUCGUCAUGGUGGAAAAAAUUUGUUUGUUAUUGGGGUUUUCGGUACUGCGGUUUUCACACUCCUCACUCCGCCGCUGGCAAAAGUUGGAUACGGCGCUCUCGCUUUUGCUAGGUUUGUUGAAGGACUGUUUGAGGGUGUAACCUAUCCAGCGAUGCAUGUAAUGUGGAGCCAUUGGGCACCAAUUCUUGAGAAGACAAAGCUGGCGACGUUUGCCUUCUCAGGUUCCUAUUUCGGCACCGUGAUCGCAAUGCCAUUAUCCGCUGUCAUUGGUCAAGCGCUUGGAUGGCCCUUCAUUUUCUACUUUUUCGGUUUACUAGCUGUACUUUGGUGUUUUGUUUGGAUUAGAAAAGUUAGCGAUUAUCCUACCACCGAUCCUCAAAUCACCACCGAUGAACUCACACUUCUUCAACGAGACGCUGUCGGUCAUAGUCACUAUAUCGUACCAUGGGCCGAAAUGUUGAAGAGCAAACCGGUAUGGGCAGUAGUGGUCGCGCAUUUCUGUCAGAAUUGGGGAUUCUAUACAAUGCUUACAAAUUUGCCGAGAAUUCUGAAAGAACUCGCGAACUAUGAGUUAGAAAAGGCCGGAUUUGUGUCCGGAUUGCCGUAUUUGAUGAUGGGAUGUACGCUGGUAUGGGGUGGGCAGCUGGCCGACUAUCUCCGAAAAGAGUGUAAUAUCGACACAUUGAUUGUACGAAGACGCUUCUGCGCAGCAGGAUUCGCAGGACAAGCACUAUUCCUUGCCCUGGCAUCCGUUACAUCAUCGCCUCCGCUGCUCGUCGCUUAUCUUACAGUGUCCAUAGGAUUAGGAGGUAUCUGUUGGGCCGGCUUUUCUGUGAAUCAUCUCGAUCUUGCACCACAGUUUGCUGGUCAUUUGAUGGGAAUUUCAAACACACUAGCAACGCUACCAGGCAUGUUAUGCCCCUUGAUUGUAGGAUACGUUGUAACAAGUGGAACUACACUUGAAUGGAACAUAGUUUUCUACUCAACGGCUGUUGUAUACGGCUUUGGAGGCGCAUUCUUCUGGAAAUACGCAUCUGGCGAGUUGCAACUAUGGGCAGGAGAGCAAGCUCCGUUCGUUGGUGAACUACAUUGA